GUCACGUGUGCAUCGUCCAAUCAGCGUUAGUGUCGGCGCUGGUCGUUCCGCGAAUUACUCUAUGCUCAUCGCUUCUUAAAAUAAGUCUUUUCGGACUUCAUUUUGAUCUCAUUUGUUGCGAGGUGUGGUGGCUGUGUGAUCACUCCCCAGUUACAAGUUACUACACAUUAGUGUCUCUAGUUGGCUUCUCAAUAACAAAAACGCACGUGGAGUGGUGUUUGUUUCCAGUGAUGACCUUGAAACUUUUGGAAGAAUUUCAUUCUGAGUGAUCACUAUUAUGCAUGAGGAUCUGUAACGAGAGAACCGUCAGCGUUACAAAUAUAAAUAGUCGUGAUGGACGAGAACCAUUUAGAGCAAGCAAUCGAAAAUGCCGGGAUGCGGGAUGAAAGCAUCAAUAUAAGUGAUGUCAUUGAGGUUAUUGAGACUGAUCCGGACUUCAAAGAGUCCACGAUGUUUAACGGUGGCGGGGAAAUCCCUCAAAAUAUAAUCCAGCAACAACCCCAGCAAAGCCGCCGAAGAGCCUACGUCAAGAUUAUCGAACAACCGGCGUCAAAAGCGUUGCGAUUUCGCUAUGAGUGCGAAGGACGUUCUGCCGGUUCCAUUCCGGGAGCUUCCAGUACCCCGGAAAAUAAAACUUUUCCCUCCAUUCAAGUUGUGGGGUAUCAAGGAAGGGCCGUGGUUGUCGUUUCGUGUGUCACCAAAGACGAGCCUUAUAGACCACAUCCUCAUAACUUAGUUGGACGGGAAGGGUGCAAAAAAGGGGUUUGUACCAUGGAGAUCAAUUCGGAUACCAUGUGUGUGACGUUCUCGAAUUUGGGGAUACAAUGCGUGAAGAAGAAGGACAUAGAAAGUGCGUUGAGGCUGAGAGAGGAAAUCAAAGUCGAUCCGUUUAUGACUGGUUUUAGUCAUCGAAAUCAACCGACUUCGAUCGAUUUGAACGCGGUUAGACUCUGUUUUCAAGUUUUCCUAGAGGGUGAAAGACGAGGAAAAUUCACAGUACCACUAACACCGGUUGUUAGUGAACCUAUUUAUGAUAAGAAAGCCAUGUCGGAUCUUAUGAUAGUUAAGUUGUCUCAUUGUAACAGUUAUGUUGAUGGAGGAAGAAACGAAAUUAUUUUACUUUGUGAAAAAGUUGCUAAAGAAGACAUCCAGGUUCGAUUUUUUGAGGAGAUAAACGGAAAAGUGGUAUGGGAAGGCUUUGGUGACUUUCAACCCUCUCAAGUCCACAAACAAACCGCCAUUUGUUUCAAAGCCCCCCGAUAUCACACUUUGGACAUCACAGAACCUGUCAAGGUUUUUAUCCAAUUGAGAAGACCCUCAGACGGAGCCACUAGUGAAGCUCUUCCAUUCGAAUUAUUACCUUUAGAUUCAGGUAGGCCUUUGUAUUGGUCACUUAGGAAAAAUUACUCGAAAAAAGGAAACUACAACCUAUUUAGUACACUUCUUGCAAGUGAUGCGAAAUUAAUCUCUAAGCACCAACCAGAGCCCGAAAAAAAUGUCACAGAAACAAAAAAUCUAGACGAAAAAGAGGUCAUUGAAACCAACAACAACGACUACUCGAAAAUUGAAAAACCGAAAAACACCGAAGAGAAAUCUUUCAAUGAAUUGAUCAAUCAAGUGGCAGAACUUGACGAGAUUUAUUCUGAAACACAAGCCCGCCUUCUCAACGAGGCUUUGAGCGAUGUAGAAAAGCCUCGGCUUGAGGACUUCCCCCGAAAUGAGUCAUUUGACGACGGCAAAACUUACUCAAGUUUGCAAUUAGCGUUCAAAAACCCGAUCGAAAUCACCGAGAACGAACCCGAGAUUGAAAUAGUUGACCCUCCAAGUCCUAUCAUAGACAUAACCGCUCGUAACAAACGCGAGAGCGAGGCCGAAAAACCACCCCUACCACCCAAACGCACUAAAAAAAUCGAAACUUUCAUAGGGAACUCAAUGCAAAGCAUAAAUGAGAUUCCAAAAGCCGCGGUCAGUCGCUCACAUUCAUUUAAUUUGACUCGUCCUAAAUCACAAGACAUAACACUCCCGGCGAAAUUGCCCCCGACUCCAUGCUCCACGUUACCUAAUCCUAAAAAAAAGGGGCUGUUUUCGAAAUUGUUUGGUCGGAAAAGCAAAACUCCGGGGACUUCACGUGAGACUAGUUUGUCUCCGUCAGUCCGUACGGGUUUAUUGGGGCAAAGCGCCGGAAAUAUUUCGACGAAUUCGGCGACCAGUAUACGAAUUCCACUAAAAGACAGCCCUCCGUCGAGUCUAAAUAAUUUGAAUCAGGACAAUGGUGUGCAAGACAUGGAUUUAACUCUUAAUUUAGACCUGACUGAGGCUGAACAUUACGCUCUGUACACUGCGAUGGCCCCUCACGCCACCCAGAGCGAAUUCGACGAAAUGUCGUGUUAUUACGCGCCAGUAGAAGGAGGGAAAAUCUUGACGAAUAGUGAAAUGUUGGCGAGAUUAACGUCGAAAACGUGAUUUGUUUUUGGUUUUUCUUUGUUGCAUGAUUGAUUUAAACGAUUCUGUAAUGAUUUUUUUAUUUAUCUGAUGUGUUUUUAGAGCCGGGUAUGCUUAAACGAAAGAGGCAAAAGUAUCAUGACCCAAGCCAAUUGUUAAGACAUGUUGAGGAAAGUGACAAACAAAGUAAGUUUCUAUUUGUAUUUCUUGGUGAUGGGGUCAUUUUGCUCAAAUUUAGAUUUGUA